AUGGGAAAACGAGGCUUGUUGCCAGACGGCGCGGCCACUUUAGGUAGUUCUCCACAUGCCCUUCUCUUCUUUUUCUUUCCUGGUCCGACUGCUAACACUAACUCCUCCUUUUCAGGUCCUUAUGACUCCGACUCCACCAGUUCCGACGAGGCUGCCGCUCCGACUCCAGAAAUGGCUGAUAGAGCUGAAAAGAUGAGGCGCCGGCUGUCCCAACGCGCCUCUGGUGCCGCUGCUGCCUCUUCGUCUCAGUCGUCACCUGCCCCGAGGUCGACUCCUCCACCACCACGCACUGUGGUCGACUUGAUGCCAUCGCCCGUUGUCUCGCCUUCUCGAGCGCCGCCUCCUCCUCCGUCUGAGAGCCCAAGCUCUAAGCGGCCAGUUGAGCAAUCGGACGCGCCGGCUCCAAAGAGGAUCCGGUUGAGUAUAGAGCCGGACGAGGACGCACAAAUCUGGCAAGGCAGCUCCUUCGUCCGUUCCUGGGCCGACCACGUCCUUCUGCCUAAGGAUGUGGAGAUGACCGGCGCAAUGCCGGACGAGUACAUCCUCGAGGCCUCGCUUCGCCAAUCGUACCGCAACCUCACCUUCCAGAUGGAGAUGAGCAGGCGACUGAGGGGUUACAAGAUGGGACUCCAGUCUCUUUCCACUCGCCUGCGCCAAACAGAGGAGGCUCGCUUGGAAGAACAGGCUAAGCAUGCCAAAUCGGUGGAGUCGGCGGCCAUUGAGGCGGACGUGAAGGCAGCGGUGGCGGCUGGGCAGAAGGAGAUCGCCCAGGAGUGGCUGGCGACGCCGGAGGGAGACGACUAUCUCCUUGACUUGGGUGAGCGCGGCUAUCGCUUAGGUUUCCGCGAGGCUCAAAUGGAGACUUAUGCCGCCUUGCUGGCCCGAGAUUCUGCCUUCACUCCCGAGAGCUGGGGCCUCAAGCCAGUGCUGGACCUUCUGCCGGCGACUGCAGAUCCCGCAUCGACCGUGGAUCCGGCAUCUCUUCCUGCGGCAGAUUCUGCAGAUCCAGCAGCUCUCCCUGCGGCGGAGCCUACAGAGCUUGCAGAGCCGCCUCCUCAGGCGGAAGACUCCUCACUCGUCCUUCCUGCUGGACCAUCGGCGGAAGCUCGAGCCGAGGAAGUUGAUGUUGACACCCCCUCCCCCGUAGUUUAG